AUGUGUAACCUCAUGUGCGGAAGUUUGUUAGUCAGAUUAGGAAUGCCAGCGCCAGAUCGUGGAAUGAAUGGCGCAUUUAAUCAAAAGUUGGAGCAUGAACGUGAAGACGAUCGACAUAAAUUAAACCAAUUAGUUCAAACGAAUCUACCUCUAAUGAAACCCCCAAAAGAAGAAAGUAUAUGAUACAUUAAUGAAGGAAAUUUAUUAUGGUAAUGGUGGCUUAUUUUUCUUGAAUGACCCCGGUAGAGCUAGGAAGACAUUCCCUAUGUCAUUGAUUUCGGCCACUGUUCGUGCGAGAUCAAACAUUACGGAAGCAGUUGCUUCUUCUGGAAUAGUGACCACAUUGUAAGAAGAAAGUCGUACCGCUCAUACAGCGUUAAAAUUGCCGUUAAACCUUCAAACUAUAGUACAAUCGACGUGUAACACUGCGAAACACUUCGCAAUAGCCAAUGUUUUAGUAAAGUCUAAAAUAAUCAUAUGAGAUGAAUGAACAAUGAGACGUAAACGUGUAUUGGAAACACAUGACAGAACAUUGAAUGCGCAAUGAUUCAAGAUGUUUUAGAGGCACGAUGAAUUUACUGUCUGGCAAUUCCCGCCAAACACUGCCAGUUAUUCAAAGAUCGACUGCUGCUAAUGAAAUAAAUGCUUGCCUCAAAUCAUCAAAUCUGAGGCACUAUGUGAAAAAACUUCAGCUGUCAACAAACAUAAGAAUUGCAUUGCUGAGCGAUUCAUCUACUCAAGAUUUCUCCAUGCAACUGCUGAAUAUCAGUAAUGGCCGUAUUCCUGUCGACGACUCGAGCGGAUUGAUUUCAUUUCCUCCGAAUUUUUGCAAAUUUUGUCUCAUUGAAAGACGAGUUUAUCAACUAAGUAUUCCUGAACAUCAUUGCUAACUACAAAAAUAAUGAAUGAUUGAGUGAACAAACAAUUUUAGAGUCUAAGAAUACAGAUGUGGAUGACUUAAAUUUUGUAAUUCAGAAUCAAAUCGUUGGUACUCUGCAUUCAUUCAAAUCUAAUGAUUGUUUAACAAACGAAGGCGAAGCCACCAACUAUCCAACUAAAUUAUUAAACUUCUUGGAUGUGCCUGGCUUACCACCGCAAAAUGUACAACUAAAAGUGGGUUAA